AUGAAGCGCAAUAAUGAGAGUCCUCCUCCUCCUCUGAAGAAGAAGAAGAUGAUGAAAAGCGAAGAAGACGAGAAAGGAAAAGAAAAGAAGAAAAAGAAGACGAUUUCGAGAACGUCGAAAUCAUCGUCUUUCUUCACCAACAACAAAAGACCCACCACCACCACCACCAACAACAACGCGUUUAGGACGACGAAGAAACACUCCCGCGAGCGGUAUCUUCGCGAUGAUAUUUUCUGCGGGAUUAAGCAAGCGCCGGUGGCAUACAAAGGGAAAGACAAGACGAAAUGGAUUUUGGAUGUAAACGCAGAAGAAGAAGAAGAAAAAGAAGAAGAAAAGAGCGGCGUAGAAGCGAAGUCGAUGACAACGAAGGAAAACAACAACAACAACAACAUCGAAAAUGAUAAAAUUAUUUACGUCGUCGACGCGAACGUGUGUUUACACCAGCUGGACGUGGUAUCGCACCCGAAGGCGAUGAGAAAUGUAGUCGUGUGCACGACGGUUUUAGAGGAGGUUAGAAACCGGUCGAGGAAUGCGUACGAGCGCGUGAGGAGGCUUUGUCUAGAAGCUUCUUCAUCUACGGGGGAUAAAACAACGUCGGGGAGAAAGAAUUUCUUUGUGUUUUCUAACGAAUUUCACAAGGACACGUACGUCGGAGAGCCGAAGAAAGGCGAAUCGGCGAACGAUAGGAACGAUCGGGCGAUACGGGAGGUGGUUAAGUUUUACCAAAAGGUUGUCGGAUUGUGUUCGUCGAACAAGCACAACGGCACGCAAAAAAGAGAAGGAGGAAAAGGAAGCGCCGGAAAAGCAGCGGAAGCAAAAGUCAUAUUAAUUUCUGACGAUCGAGGAAACGUGUUGAAAGCGAAAGAGGAAAAUUUGAACGCGAUGAGCGUCAGGGAAGUGGUAAACAAACAUUUCGCAAAGUCGUUCCCGGAGUUGGUCGAUUUGUGCUCGACGAGAACAGAAGAGUGCUUCGGGGCGGAUGAAAACGAAAUCGCGAGAAAUAAUUACGCGAAGAACACAAGAACGACAACGAAAGCUUCCAUCAACAAGACGGAAAUGAACAGCAAAAAGAGUAACUCGACGGCGAGAGGAGGGUUCACCGCCUUUCCCGAACACUUGACGAAAGCGCAGUAUGAUAGCGGCGUCUCCGCCGGGAGAUACAAAGAAGGCAAAAUCAGGUGUUCUCCGUACUCGCCAUUCUCGGCGUACGUCGACGUGGGAGACGACACGCUCGACGUGAAAAUAGAAGGACGUCAUCGCAUGAACAGAGCGAUGGAAGGAGACGUUGUCGGUAUUGAAAUUAUCGAAGAUGAGGAUGAAGAAGAAGAAAGGGAGAAAGACGACGUCAACGAUGACGAUAACGUAGUCUCACUCGCACCAAUCGUAAACGCAUCAGAAGAUGUUGCUUCAGUCGAUGAUGCGUCCGCGAAGGCCGGUGCAGAAAUGCCUCCUUCUUUGCCGGAGUUGAAAGCAAAAGUCGUAAGAAUCGUAAAACGAAAUUGGAGAGAUCGAGGAUACGCGUGCGCUCUCGAUAUUGAAUCUUGCGCAGAUCUCGCGAGAAAACAACACGAGAAUAGUAACGAAAAUGAAACGGAAGAUGGAGGAGGUCGCGCGAAAAGAGUCCUUUGCGUGCCGAACGAUCGCAAAACUCCAAAGAUUCGUAUCAAUACGCGACACGCGCAUCAAAUUGCUUCUCAGAGAAUCGUCGUUGUCAUCGACGCGUGGCUCGCGUCUUCGCCGUAUCCAGAGGGACACUUUGUUCGCGCUCUCGGUGAAAUUGGAGAAACUGCGUCGGAAACUGCAGCAUUAUUACUCGAAGCAGACGUGGACGAUCGUCCUUUUGCGCCGGCGGUGCACAAAUGCGUUCCGCCGCUGCCGUGGAAGGUGACUGAAGAACACAUAGAGGAGCCCAAACGUGAAGAUCUGCGGAAUCUGCGCGUUUGCUCGGUGGACCCUCCUGGAUGUCGCGAUAUUGACGACGCACUUUCUGCUGUCGUUGUGCCCAAGAACGAUGGCGUCGAAGGAGAAGAAGAAAUUGAAAUUGGCGUUCACAUCGCGGACGUGACGACGUUUUUGAAACCUGGAACGCCCAUGGACGACGAAGCUCUGCGCAGAGGCACGACGACGUAUUUAGUUCAGCGCAGAUUAGACAUGCUCCCUAAACCUUUGACUGAAGAUAUUUGUUCGUUGAGAGCGGACGUAGAGCGACUCGCGUUUUCGGUUUUUUGGCGCGUAGAUCCAGCCACGAUGCUCCCGAGAAAAGACGUCAAACCGCGCUUCACGAAAUCAAUCAUUAAGUCGAGCAAGGCGUUGACUUAUCAAAAAGCGCAAGAAAUCAUCGACGAUGAAACGAACGAUAAGAGUGACUUGGCGAACGAUUUGAGACGUUUACGAGACGUGUCAAAAGCGCUCAGAGCGAAAAGAAUGGAACAAGGUGCUUUGACUUUAGCUUCGCCAGAAGUGAGGUUCGAAUUAGACGACGAAACGAGUAAUCCUUUAGACGUGAGUUUGUACAUCUCUCGAGAAACAAACAAAAUGGUCGAAGAGAUGAUGCUCUUGGCGAAUAUCGCGGUGGCGGAGAGGAUCUCCGAGCACUACCCGUCCUUCGCGUUGUUGAGAAGGCACCCGGAGCCGAGGGAAAAAAUGUUUCUUCCUCUGUUAGAAACAGUUCAAUUGCUUGGUUUAGAGAACAAAAUAAACUGCGCGUCGAAUAAAACUUUGGCGGAAAGUUUGGACGCGUGCGUGCGCGAAGAUGAUCCGUACUUUAAUACUUUGUUGCGCUUGCAAGCGACGAGAUGCAUGUCCACUGCGAAAUACUGUUCGACCGGGUCUUUUCCGAGAAACGAGCUCUAUCAUUACGGCUUAGCUUCUCCUUUAUACACGCACUUUACGAGUCCGAUUCGUCGAUACGCCGACGUGAUUGUCCAUCGUUUACUCUCUGCGAGUUUGGGAUUGAUUUCCAUCGACGAGGUUUUGAUCUCAAGCGUUGGGAAAAAAGUCGCCAUAGACAACACCAAUCUUUUCACUAAGGAGAUUGCCGAGACGUGCAACGCGAGACAUUUGGCCGGUCAACAAGCCGGCAGAGCGUCGGCAGAGCUCCACACUUUGAAGUUUUUCAAAGAUAGAACGACCGUCGCAGAGGCAAGAGUCUUCCAGAUUCGCGGCAACAACAACAACAAGACUACUACUUCUACUUCUACUACUACUACUACUACUACUACUAAUAAUAAUAAUAAUAAUGCUAAUAAUAUCAAGAAGGGCGAGAAAGACGAAGACGAAGAUGAAAUCGUCGCCUUUGUUCCUAAAUACGGCAUCGAAGCGAGAGUUAAAGUAUCGAAAGGAUUCAACGCUCGUCAGAACAUGUUUGGAAAACUCAAGGUGAAAAUAGAAGUCGAGCAAAUGCCGUUUGGACGAAGUAAGUUGAACGUUUCCAUAGUCGAAUAA